UUCAAACCAAACCUACAAUCCUACAAAAACAAGUUUGUGUUGGUGAUGGAAGGCGAUUGUAGUUCUCAGUGUUAUCACUCAGAAAUGAAUUAUUAUUUUCGUAAUUUCCGUUCUAAAUGAGAAAGAGUGAGGUUUUAGCAAUCCGUUUAAAGAUGAGUUGACAGUAUGAAGAAGUCUUAUAUGCCUAUCUCGGAUGUCAAGAAUGAAAGUCUUGACCUGACAAAACGCUUAUACAAAUGUAUUGCCGAUGUCGUGAAGGCUUUGGAUGAACAAAGACAGAAAGCCAACUCUGUCCCAGAUUUGUUCACACAAGCCGCUGAAGCUCAACGUAUGAAAUUAAGAGAGUACUGUGAAAAGCUGAUGUUUCUCGACCCAGUUGGCUGCGGAAGGAAGGGAGAAGAACUGUUAUGGAGGAAAGGGUACUACGAGGUUGUCUCAACUGCUAAAAGACUGCACAAAGGACCGCUGUGGAAGCCUGUGGAGGAAUGUCACCUGAGAGCUCAUCUACAGGCUGGUAUUGGCCAUUACCACCAUCUACUGCUCAAGUUCCAGUUGGACUUCAAGAUGGACUUACGAGGGAUCAUCGAUUUUCCUUUGAUAAUUACUGAGGACGGGCUAAAAAAAUCAAAGUCAAGUUCAAGCAGCAAAGACAAGCCGCUAGACCCAGGCUGUGUGGAGUGGGCGCAGCAGGCAGUUCACCGUUGUCUCAUCUAUCUGGGAGACCUUAGCCGCUACCUGAGUGACAUGUGUCCAGGCUACCACUCUGAACUGCCAGCUAGAUAUUACCAUCAGGCGCUGUAUUGGAAACCUGAGUGUGGCAUGCCACACAAUCAGUUAGGCACUCUGGUAGGCAACUACAACUUCUUUCUGGACUCAGCCUAUCACUAUAUGAGAUGCCUCUCGAGUGCUCAGUCCUUUGAAGGUACAGAGAGUAACCUGUCAGGAGUGCUGGAGCGCAGCUGGAAACAUUACGAGAGCACCAUGACUCCCUCACCAGUCCACCAUCUCGUCUCCAAGUUUCUGAGUAUUGUUGACUUCUGCUACUUUGACAAGCAGAGUGUAGAUCAAUUCCCACUGCUGUGCCAUGAAGCCAUUGAGAGGUUGAACUGUACGGAGAUGCUGCAGUGUACUAGGGAAGUAGUCAAUGGAGAAGGUGAAGACAACAGUCUCCAGCCAGCUCAGCUUACUGACGAUAUACUGUUCAAAUUGACCCUGGUGUCUGUCAUGUGCACUCAGCAACUACAGGGCAAAGGUUCAGAUCAGAUGAAUGUUGUGAUGGCUGUGAUGCUGGCUGUGGUCAACUAUCUGAUACUGAAGGCAGUGGGAAGACUAGAGGAGGUGCUGCCCCCUCCACAACCCCCACCACUGACUGCUGUCAAUGGGCACAAACGAAGACGCAGACUACGGCGGCGACGACACAGCAGUGAAGUGUCCUCGGACAUCAGCGAUGAAGAAGAGGUGUUGACGUUGAACUCAGACUCUGACCUGAGUGAGGAGGAGUUGGUGUUUGACACUCAUUCGUCAGACUCGGACAGUGAGCCUGCAGAGGUAGUGGUGGCCGAGCUUGACACAAGGAAGGUCCAGCUAGGAGACACGCCUGCACUGUCCACCAACACAACACUGGACCAUGUGGAGCACCUGUGUCAACAGGGCUUCCUGCUGCAGACCAUCAAGAUUUGCCUGGACUGGAUGGUUAAUAACCAUGAUGUGUUGCGAGCCUGUGCACAAACUGUAAAACCAAUGCUGGGCAGAACUGUAGCGUUCCUCAACCACCUCACUGUCGUACCACUGCCUCCAGCGGCCAGUGAGCGGCCAGACGUCAUCAACAACGGUGUUAUAGAGAAUGAGCGUAUUCCAUUAGUAGAAGAAGUUAGUGUCAGAGGACUUCUGGCACUUAAACCAGCAUACCAACACAUUGACUGGGCACAACUAAAAACCAUCUCCCUUACUCCCCGACAAGAGGCCUAUGUGAGAGUCUGUAAGCUGGUCCAGCUGGGCAAGAAGCUGGCCAGUGCUGAUGGCACGGACUUGAAUUACGAUCAGAACAGAAACUGGUUUCAACUUAAAGACUCAGAGCCCCCCACCCCGACCACACCUACGAUUCAGAUCCAGGACAAAAAGUUGGCAACUGAUGAGAAGGGCCGGCUGAUGAAGGACAUGGGCCAGUUAUGGCUGAAGGCAGAAGUGAAGGAGUUGGAGACCAAGGUGCGACGCACCUCCUCUCUACCUCCAUACCUGGUAUUGGACUGUGAAGCACUGAUACACCACAUUACUCUGGUCAAACAACUGGUACACUCCAGGAAGUUCAUCAUCCUCGUACCUUCCAUAGUGGUUUCUUCACUGGAUGAACAGAAGAGAGCGAGUCGACGAGUGCGAGACACCAUCCGUUGGCUCGAGACUCAGUUCCAACGAGGCAAUCGGUUUCUGCGUGCACAACGUCCCAACGAACAUCUAGCACUACCUCUCAUCAAGUAUCCGAAGAAGAAGGAUAAGGAAGCUUGGAUGUUUUUCCAAGUAGCUGAGUGCUGUCACUUCAUGAGUCAACAGCAGCAGGCCACCACAGACAAGGAUACUCUGGUUACUCUACUGACUGGCAGUCGCACACUGCUCUCUCCCAACACCAACAACGGCUUCAGUCCCCUCGGCAUCGCCAACACUGCAGGUACCCUGGUCAUACCUGUAAAAUAA